AUGGAGGCGGUCUUUAAAUGUCAAUUCGCACCAAUUCCUGGAAACGUUGUGUACGACGUCCAGUGGUAUAUUGACGGAACGCUCCUCGAUAACGCCAAAUUCACCGGGGUCAGUUACAGUAACAUUAAUGAUACAGCCCUACGGACAAGGCAUUGGGUGAAGAACUUCACUAUGAGUUUUCAGUUAUCCUGCGCUGUAAAAGCUAACAAUGUAACGACUGGAAUACAGGGAGAUUUUACUGAAAGUUAUCCAUAUUUUGCGGGCAUUAAGUCAAAUCAGCUCCAGUAUUUAGUAUAUGAGGGGGAGACAAUUCAGAUAAGUCUGGAGGCUACAGUGCCAUUCAGUUGCCCAUCUACUCUCAGUGACGCAAUGAAAGCCUCCCAUUGUAGGUUCCAGUUCUAUAUCUGGACCCCAGGGGAGGGGCAGUGUGUGAAUGGUCUGAUUAGCAAUGGAGUGGCCUUCAAGGAUAACCCUUGUGGAAUUUCAUUUGGUUAUAAAGACAAAACGGCAUCUAUCAGUGUCACUGGUUAUAUUGACGGAAUGGUCAAUUUCAGGGAGAGAAAAUCUACCUUGAGAAUUGGUUCCACCAGAAAUCCAAUGGAUUCCUCUGGAAUAUGGAAUGGAGUAAAGAUUCCGGAUAUUACAGUUGCUCAGUCAGAUUUCCCGGCCGGUGGCCUUAGACCGGUGGUAAUCGGUGGUGUGAGCGAUGCCCCAACAUCGGUCCUUAACACAUCUGUCACAGCAACAGGCACCGUAGGGAGGCCGUGCAUACCCUAUGGCGAGUGA